AUGAAUUUAGGCACACAGCAAGCAAAAGAAGUACGAGUAGGUCCAGGACCAAAAAGAGGCUCCUUUCCAUUGGAUCAUCUCCACGAAUGUGAUAAAGCAGUUGAAGAAUAUUUUAAAUGUUUACAAGACAAUGGUAAUUUUGCUUCCAAGUGUCGGAAAGAGGCCUCCGAUUAUUUGAAGUGUCGAGUUGAACACAAACUCAUGUCAAAGGAUGAUUUGCUCCAAGCUGAUAUUCCAGAAACCAAUGAAAACGUACCCGAUUUAACUAUUGAACAAAUUAAACAAAUCAGAAAGGAACGUUUACAGAGAGAAGGCUUGAAAGGACGGAUGGGACUGACUUCCGGAAGAGCAGACAAGCCUAACGGAUGA